AUGUCUCGACAAGUUCUUAUUGGUCCUGCCGAUGACAAAAUCAAGGAGAUCUUAUCACAACAAGAUCCAAUAGAUGCCAUUCGAAGUAUUCAACAACAGUAUGGACUUGAUCUGAACGGUAUCGAUGCUACUUAUCCUCUAUUAGAUCUUUGUGGUUAUUCACGACUUGAAAUACACCUUGCUAUAUUAGAUCAACUCAACAAAGCGGUCAUUACCAAAAUCAACUCUUCUUCUUUUCAACUUGAAGAUUUUUAUGACAUUUUCGACCGCACUUUCCCAUAUAUCCAUAUUCGACAAAUGCAACCUAUCCCUAUGGCAUUAUUGAAUAAAUUUGAACGACAUAUUGAGGACGACAUAUUGGAGAAAUUAAAAAGUGAUCUUACCGUCUUUGAAAAUUGUCCUUUGAAUAUCAAAAAACGUAUUUGGAAGAAAGAUGAAUCUUUUUUUCAACAACAAAUGCUUGGUAUGUUGAAUGAUUAUCACCACGACGAAGGUUUACAGUUAUUAGCCAUGAAUCUCAAGCCUGAUAGUUACCAAGAAGUUAUUGAAGAAAGUUUAUGUUCCUUACGAGUUGACAUAUUGAUGAAUUUCCAUGACCAAGAUGUAUCAGAGGAAUGUUUUGAUGAUGUUACCAAUGGAACAGCCCUUUAUGGUGAUUUUGCCAUGGUAUUGAUGGAUCCUCUCAUCUCCAACUUUUUGUCCUCUUGUAUUGUACGAUGGUUACGGAAGAGUGUUGAUGAAGAGGCUCCUGAAAAUUUAGAAGAAUUGAUCAGUUAUAAUGCCAAAUUACUCAAUCUUGCUCAAUAUGCACCAACUGCUGUUGCCAACAAUGCUAGGAUCCCAAAACUGGACAAGGAUUUGAAAGGACGAUAUUGGAACAAUGUAUGUAAAUUGAUUAUUCAAGAAAACGCAAAUACGUCGGUAGAAUUGGAUCCCAACGCUGGACGAUUGAUUCAAGAAAUGCUGAACAAGAAUGAGGUGGCUCGCAAAGUAUUUGUUCAUUAUCUUUUGGAUCGAGUGUAUGAAAAUGAUAUU